AUGACGCCCAGUCAGGCGCUUGAUGUUUACAAAAAGAAGGAUACCACAAAAGUGGUCGUGCGGUUCAAGGCGAUCGGAAAUGCUCCCAUCAUGAGGAACAAUUAUUUCCGCAUCACGGCGUUCAAUAAAUUUCAGGCUGUCAUCCAAUUUCUUCGCAAGGAGCUGGCAUGGAAAGCAUCUGAUGCAUUGUUCCUUUACAUCAAUUCCAGCUUCAGUCCAGCACCCGACGACACGGUUGGGAAUCUUUUCCACUGCUUUGGAACAGAAGGGCAUCUAAUCGUUAACUACAGCUCAACUGCUGCGUGGGGGUAG